GUGGCUCGUCUCAUCGAUGAUCCGUAAGCCCUCCAUGGUCGAUAUUUGAAUCUUGCAUGGCAACCACUCACUCACGCUUACUCUUUGCUUAGCGAUACAGUGAUGGAGACGGAGAAUGAGAUUUAUUCUUUGGAUACAGUUGCAGCCAAGUUACACAAUGGAUCGCCGCUUGAUCAAGGCAUCAUAGAGUACAUCACGUCGUUGAUGAGAGAAGCGUGUGUGCGCACAAUGACGAUUCCGGAAGGUCAGGUUUUGGUCAAAGCAUUCCAGUAUGAUGGGUUUGUGGAGAAAUGUGGAUUAUCACCUGAUGAAUGUUUAUUCCCGAGCUUUCUGGAGUUCAAUCACUUUAUUGCACUGGACAUUGUGCCGAUCCUUAUCAAAACGUCUGACCGCAAAGAAUUUUUGUAUGCGUUGGCAGAGGUGCCGGUGACUCCAAAUUCUGUGGAUGUCAUUCAUCAUGUGCUCACGUGCGGAUCGUUGAGCGAGAUUCCCAGCGAAUUUUUGCAUGCUUAUGUGUCAAAAUGUAUUCGAUCGUGCGAGUUGUUGGAUGAAGGCGUCGCGCAAGAUCGGCAAGUGAAGCUGGUGACGAAAUUAGUGCAGUCGCUUUUGCAGAAACAGCUGAUGCCAAUUGCCGAAUACUUUAUCGAAAUCCAAUCGUUUUGCGUAGCAAAUUUACGAUUCAAGGUGGUGGCGAAUCUGUUUCGGGUAGCGUCGGCUGAAGCACAACGUAUUGGCUAUGACAUCCAGUAGUAUGAUGCAAUCAAGCCUACGCGACUAAAAAUCCUGGACUUGCAAUAAGUGGUGGACAUGCAAUUUUCCAGACCAAGCUUGGACGCGAGAAAGCAAGGCAAACAUUACCUGCAAAAUGAACUCCAUGAGACGUCAACGUCUCUUCAAUGCAUCGAUAUACAUAUCCCAUCUCUUGUACCAUAUAUUUCUCUUUUUUUCCGGAAGAAUUUAUCCUUUCAUCUACAUAGUUUAAUGUUUUUGUUUACAUUUUCAUUAGCGAUUUUGGUUUUGUAAUAAAAUGAUGACAAUGAUCUCGUUUCUUUUACAAUGAUCUUAUGGUUGGGUUCCCGCCGAUCGAAAACAAAGGGGCAGAUGAAUCCUAUGCCACAG